AUGGGCGGAAGAUAUCCUCCAAGGGAGUACAGCAGACCAAAUAGCUAUAGAGGACCUCGAAGUGGACCACCGCAUCCACGACCGUCCUCGAGGGAAGGUCAUGGUUACCCCAACCGUAACUCAUAUCGACAAGAUUAUCGUCAUAGGCCAGAUUAUCGACAGGACUACAGGCAUGAUUAUAGAGAUGAUUACAGGGAUGAUUACAGGGAUGAUUACAGGGACGAUUACCGGGAUUACGGGUAUGGUCAAGAGCCCAGAAAUGAUUACAGACAUGAUUAUAGGAACGGCUCCAGGAAUGAUUACCCAGACUCUCGAAGAGAGAACGCUCAUUCACGCCCACAAACGGUAGAACCACGGAGGCAAGAGGAACAAAGUCACACAACACAAGAAACGAACGAAACAGGAAAAGAGACAGAAAUAACACAGGAAAAGGAAACGGCACAGGAAAACAAGUCUUAUUGGGUAGCUCGAUUGAAAAUUGACGGACAGCUUAGAGAGAAGAUUCAAACUUCCUUUGAAAGUUUGGAGAGCACCGACGACCGAACCCGGAAUCUUUUACAAAAAUCUUUAGCUCUAGAAAUAGAAGCUGAUAACCUUGCAAGAUUUGUUGAGAAUGAAGCUCUCAGAGUGAAGCUCUGCGAAGAGAAACUGGAGAAUAUAAAUUAUUUGUAG